AUGGGCCAGAUGGCAGGCGACCUUGGCUGGCGGCUCAGCCUUUUGCUACUCUCCUUGCUCCUGGCUCGAGCUGGUGUCUGGGGAUUCCCGAGGCCCCCAGGGAGGCCCCUCCGGAGCCUGCAGGAGUUGCAGAGGGAGUUCAAGGUCAGCCUGCAUCUCGCCAGGAAGCUGCUCUCCGAGGUUCGGGUCCAGGCCCGUGACUUUGCUGAAUCUCACCUGCCAGGAGUGAACCUGGACCUUCUGCCCCUGGGAGAGCAGCUCCCCAACGUUUCCCUGACCUUCCAGGCCUGGCGUGGCCUCUCUGACCCAGAAAGACUCCGCUUCCUCUCCAUGACACUUCACCCCUUCCAUACCCUGUUGGGAGGGCUGGGGAGCCAGGGGUUCUGGACCAGUUCAGAGAGGUUGCAACUGUGGGCCAUGAGGCUGGAUCUCCGAGAUUUGCAGCAGCAUCUCCGCUUCCAGGUGCUGGCUGCAGGAUUCAACCUCCCUGAGGAGGAGGAGAAUGAGGAGGGGGAGGGGCUGCUCCCAGGGGCUCUGGGAGGCCCCUUGCAGAUGUCAGCCCAGGUGUCCUGGCCCCGGCUCCUCUACACCUACCAGUCGCUACACUCCUUGGAAAUUGUCUUGUCUCGGGCGGUGAGGGACUUGCUGCUGCUCUCCCAGGCCGGGAACCCAGCCCAGGCCUUGGGGUUCCCCACACCCAGCUCCCAGCCCUGA